CAUUGGGCCUGUAAAACCCUAAACCCAUUCUGACCCGACCCACCCAAAACAAUACCUUGUAAGCAAAAAACACUUGCUAACCCUAAUUCGUUCUCACACUCUUUUCCGUCACGUUCGGGGGGGAAGAGAUCGAGCAUCACAGCAAUGGUGUAUGUUAAGGCUCAGAAAUCAAAAGCCUACUUCAAGAGAUAUCAAGUCAAGUUCAAGAGAAGAAGAGAGGGAAAGACCGAUUACCGAGCCAGAAUUCGGUUGAUUAAUCAGGACAAGAACAAAUACAACACUCCAAAAUACCGCUUUGUUGUUCGAUUUACCAACAAGGAUAUCAUUGCCCAAAUAGUAUCUGCUAGCAUUGCCGGUGAUAUCGUUCUUGCUGCGGCAUAUGCACAUGAGUUGCCACAUUAUGGUCUUGAAGUAGGCCUUACAAAUUAUGCUGCAGCUUACUGCACUGGGCUCCUGUUGGCCCGAAGAGUCCUAAAAAUGCUUGAAAUGGACGAGGAAUAUGAAGGAAAUGUUGAGGCUACUGGAGAGGAUUUUUCAGUGGAACCUGCUGAGACCAGGAGGCCAUUCCGUGCUCUCCUUGAUGUUGGUCUUAUCAAGACUACAACUGGCAAUCGUGUCUUCGGUGCCCUUAAGGGAGCUCUGGAUGGGGGUUUGGAUAUUCCUCACAGUGACAAGAGGUUUGCUGGCUUUGAUAAGGAUAAGAAGGAGCUCGAUCCUGAGGUUCAUCGCAAAUAUCUCUUUGGAGGACAUGUUGCUUCCUAUAUGAAGACGUUGAUGGAAGAUGAACCAGAGAAAUACCAGUCACACUUCAGUGAAUAUAUCAAGCGUGGACUAGAAGCUGAUGGUCUUGAGGCACUGUACAAGAAGGUUCAUGCUGCCAUCCGAGCUGAUCCCACUAUCAAGAAAUCUGAGAAGCAGCCCCCGAAGGAACACAAAAGGUACAACUUGAAGAAACUUACUUAUGAGGAGAGGAAGACCAAGUUGAUUGCACGCCUUCAGGCUCUCAACUCUGCCGCUGAUGAAGAUGAAGAUGAUGAGUAAAGCUUCAUUUCAGAUGCCUUGCCAUUACGGCACAAGUAGAAGCUGUCUUAUUUUGCGUUUAGAGAACCAUUUUCUUGAAAUUUUAUUGGCCUGUGCUAUUUAUUUUUAGGUCGAAAAUUUUGGAUACUUUUUGGAGUUGAGUAAACCUUUUUUUGGUCAAUUUCGUGUUAGCCUGGAUCGAUGUUUUAGCUUAUUUUCACAAGAAAUGCUCGUUUACAUAAAACCAGCCAUUGUUAA